CAAACUUUGUUCUGGGAAUUUGAUUCUAUGCCCACUCUCAUCAGAAUAAACGACCGAGUUCAAUUCAUGCACCUCUCUAUAUCUUCAUCUCACAACUCCUUAAAUACACCCACCACCACAUUCCAUUUUUCAGGGUGUCAAAUAGAUUGUAAUCCUUUUGGAAAAAAUCAUUCUAAUUCUGUUCUAGUUAUACUCAACCCUGGAAACUUGAACUCGGAUUUGCUCAAAUGGCUUCAAAGAGAAUAUUGAAGGAGCUCAGGGAUUUGCAGAGAGAUCCACCAACUUCAUGUAGUGCAGGUCCUGUGGCUGAGGAUAUGUUUCACUGGCAAGCAACAAUCAUUGGUCCAAAUGAUAGUCCUUAUUCAGGUGGUGUAUUUGUUGUGACUAUCCAUUUCCCACCUGAUUAUCCCUUCAAACCUCCAAAGGUUGCCUUCAGGACCAAAGUGUUCCAUCCAAAUAUAAACAGCAAUGGUAACAUAUGCUUGGACAUUCUUAAGGAGCAAUGGAGUCCAGCACUCACCAUAUCCAAGGUUUUGCUGUCCAUAUGUUCGCUGCUGACAGAUCCGAACCCUGAUGAUCCGCUUGUUCCUGAGAUUGCUCAUAUGUGCAAGAGUGACAAAGUGAAAUAUGAGUCAACGGCUCGGAGCUGGACUCAUAAGUAUGCCAUGGGAUGAACCCCAGGCCUAAGCUGUAUAAGUAAUUCAUAUAUUCUCAGCUUACAAUUAUCAUAUCCGUUAUAUUUAUUACAUCCAGAUUCUCUAUUUCUUGUUGCAUGUUGACCUCCAACUUGUAAAUUGAGCUCUCUUUGUUCGAAAUAAAUAUCUGGAUACUCUCCUUUUGGAGUAAUUAACGUA